AUGGCGGUCCUUGAUUCCCGUAAGGAAGUUGUGCUAACGGAUCAUCGUCUCCUGGUUGAAAAAGGCUCUUCGUUGGGUUCAGGAAUGUAUGCUGUGAAAAUGGGGUGUCUAUACAUUCUCUUUAUGGUUACCAUACAGUUGGCUGUAGCUAGUUAUUAUAAUCCUUCAGAAUUGAGCCGGCUAGCAGCUUAUUAUAGUAUGUACGAUAUUGAUAUGCCUGAAGGUUUAGAGAUGCAAUUGGCAGCUGCAAUGAGUGGUAGAAACCAAGGCUAUCAACAACAAAGACAACUUUAUAGUCAGCAAUAUUAUCAGCAGAAACCAACUACUCGCAGUCAAUAUAACCGACAACCAGUAUCUCGAUAUCCAAACAACCAGCAAUAUCGAAAUACUAACAACCAACAAUAUCGAAAUGCAAAUAACCAACAAUAUCGAAAUACAUAUAACCAGCAGUAUCAAAAUACAUAUAACCAGCAGUAUCGGAAUACGUAUAACCAACAAUACCCAAGUAAUCAACAAUACCGAAACACUAACCAACAAUACCGAAAUACUAAUAACCAUCAAUACCAUAAUCAACAACGUCAACAAUAUGCAAAUCCCAACAGCCUAUAUCACAAUCCCAGUAACCAAUAUCCUAGAUCUCGACAGCAAUCUAAGGAUGUCCAACGACGUGGUGAUGCUGGUAUCAAUUAUCAAAGUUAUACUACAGAAAGUAAUAUACCAACAACAACCGAGACAGUUCCACAAUUUGAAACAUCGACACCUCUUCCACUCAGAGAACAACGAACAACACCUGGUACACUCUCCGCUGUCGGGUCUGUGCAAGCAAAACCGGCACGAAACAAUAAUCCAGCACAGAGUGCAAACCUCCAACACCCAAAGGCUCAUCAGAAACCUAGUGCUAAGCCGUAUCACUGGCCGAACUACAGACGUAAUUAUCAACAAAGAACAACUUCACCUUAUAACAACUACCAGAGAACACAUCAUUAUCAACAAGCAAACCAAAAUUAUUAUCGUGGAACGAGCAAUAGAAAUCAAAACAAUUACCAAUCGCAGAAUUACAAUAGAUAUAACCAAAAUAAUCAUAUUACUGGAUAUCCCUCGUCUAAUUUUCUCCCAUAUAUGGCAGGUGCUGAUGUGUUUGACAUUACUAAAUAGACAUUUGGUGGAAGAUGUUACCGUUAUACCAGUUACCAAUUGUAUCAAAAACAAUACAAAACGCAAUUCCUCAACUUCAAUACCGAUACAUUUUCAGCUAUUUUAAAUGCAUCAAUGUCAUAUAAUUAAUAUAUCAUACAGUGAUGUCCAAAUGGUUUAAUUUCAAAUUCAUUCCAAAUUGAAAUCUUUGCUAAACGAUACACUAGGACUGUGUCAUUAUUAUUCCUUAUUGCGUAUUACAUGAGUUAUGGGAAGAAUUACUUGUUACAUGCAUGUAAAUAAAUUUAGCUUUUUAGGGCUAAAAUGUUAUAUAUAUAUGUAAAGUUCUUUAUGUGCGUUUCGUAACAAUAAGCGAGGAGAAUUUUUUGAAGGAUUUGCAAAUUUGCAAAUAGAUUAAUUCAUUAAACAGCCUGUGAUAUGGCAUGAUGAAGUAAGACAGAUAUACUGGUUGUAGAAUGUAAACGUAUUGCCUGUCAAUAAACUUAGGUCCCCGUUAAUCAUAAAAAUGUCAGGCGUGAUUGAUCAGAUGCUCGGAUUAAUUUCAGUAUUAUUAAUGUGUCUAUGUUACAACGUAUCAAUAUGUCAUAGUUUGUUACAAGAAAAUAAUCGAAACAUCUUGUCAUUGCAUUCGACAUCGUCGUUAUGUUACUGGAUAGUAGGGUAUUAUGUUAAAUAAAUUCAAUGUAGAGUUGAAAUAUUAUCUUAUGUUUACUUAUUACUAUGAUAUUUUUAAAUCAAAGUAUGAUAUUUAUGUUAUUUUGUAUUCUAAUUUUAUUAAAUUAAUAUAUGUUGA